GUCGCGGCCGCCGAGGAGUGCCGGGCAGGUGACAGGCGGUUACUUUCAACGAGGUAAUGCUUUUGUGAACUACAACUUUAAAUAUUCAGCCAACUGCUCGUGUCAACAAGAGUAUCCUGUUAAUUUUUAUACGUUUUCAAGAUGAGUCAUAGUAAAUUAAUUCCCAAGCUCUCUAUUCAACCUCCUGUCCAUCAUACCAACUUAAAGGUCCAGUCCACAGAGCCACCUUUUAAGAAAGAAGACUUACAUCUGAUUUCAAAAGACUCCUUGGAAUCUGAUUCAGAAAGCUUCCCUCAAGAGAUUAAGUCCCAGUUGGAACUUGAAGACCGAAUCCAGGGCAACGGUAUGGAUGCUGACAGCUUAGAGGAGGAGAGCCCUCUGCAGGAGAGCCUGAGCGAGACAGAAGAGGAAGCAAGCAGAGAAGCAGCUCAGGUGGCCAACAAGGAAAUCCUCCAGACCCAGGACAGCAGCGCCAAUGACAGCCGACACCCAAUAGAAGACAAAUAUUCAAACCUCCGAUAUGACCCAAACUGGAAGAAUAAGAAAGAGGAGGGGAGGUUGCUGACUGUGGAAGCAUUGCCGGAGUCGGUAGACAGCUCUACAGAAAAUCUGACUUUGGGUCCACUCUACCCUUCCAAGGAGACAUCAGUGGAACUCUCAGGGGGAGAAGGCGAACAGAAAAAGAGCCCACAGAGCGUAGCCUCCUUACUCGGUAGUGAAUUUUUAAGCCCAAACUAUGAGCACGGCGCCCAUGGCAGCGAGCCUUUCUCAGAGCUGAGCGACAGUGAUCUGGAGGAGAAGUGGAGCAACCUGUCUCCGUACUUGAAGAGUUCAAGUUCACAUAAUGAGGUUUUCCUGCCAGGAUCACGUGGCCCUCGGCGAAGGAAGUCCAAACAAUAUUUUGUGGAAAAAAACAAGCUGACUUUGGGAUUACCCACUCCUAAAAUGGACUCUUAUCUUCAACUUCACAAUAAAAAAAGAGGGGAAACUCACCAGGAACAGAUCUCCUACCCUGUCAGAAUAACAGACAAGACGUCUAUUCAGAAUGCCAAAGAGAUUGAAAAUGCAGCCAUCGAUCCUGAAGACAAAUGGCAUCAAAGAGCCCAACAGCUAAAGAAUUAUCAGGAACACUGGUCUCAACAUGAAAGUGCAAAAUCAAGCAAUGUACCAAGAGGUCAAUCUUCUGAAACAACCAAUGGCCAGCAACCUUCCAGAAGACCAGCCAAGCCCAAGAUCCCAAAACAGCGUAGACAUCAGCAUGGCCUGAAGUCUUUGGUGACUGAAGAGCUGGUUGUCAGUCAAGGAAACCAGAAUAACACUCCCAGACAGCAACGAAACCAAAACAAGCCUAUUGAGACUUCAAUAAAGCAUGAAACAAUUGUGAUUAUGAAUGCCCCUAACAACGAUUUACACCACUCAGAUGCACUUAGGAGCCAGGAUCCCAAAGUAACCUCCAAUAAAUUUGCUCUGCCACAGCGGACUUUUGACAAGGUAUUAUAUAAAAACUCUCCUGAAUAUCACUUGGUGAUGAAUGUUAAUAAAGAAAGAGGAUGCAAAGACCAAGAAGAGAAAAAAUUUUCAUAUCACCAGCUACACAUCAACACUCUUUCCAAUACGGACUUGAACUACCUUAAUGAACUCACUAAGAGACAAGUGCCCCUAAGCCAGAAAGGUGCUCAGUCUGUUUCCAACCUAAAUGUUAAUGGAUCAACUGAAAAUAAGAAGCAACCCAAACGGACUUUCACAGAGACAAAAUAUAAGAACUUAGAAAUAUUAUGGAAAUUCCAUUCUUCCUCUGACAGCCAACCUGUUAGAGCUUCUCCAGAUUCCCGGCUGGCUCAGAUAAUGGAGCAGCAUCAGCAAGCCUUAAUGCAGCUGACUGAGGUGCAGCCCAGUGAAGGGGCCUUAUCCAGCGUCACAUUUCCACCCAUAUUGUCAAGGGUGGAAAGUGAAUCUCAACUCAGUUCAGAGAGAAGCCAAAGAAACCAAAUGAAAAUUAGUCGUAGCAAUUCUGAAGGCUAUCUGUUUCAACUGGAGAAAGGAAAAAAGCACAGAAAAAGCAGCAGCAUUAAGAGUUCCAAGCUGAAAGGUUAUCAGAAAAGAGACGUGAAGCUUGGAGGCCUUGGACCUGACCUUGUGUCCGCCAGAGACAAAAUGCAGAAAUUAAUACAGCAAAAGGAAUAUGCAAAACAAGUUAAGGAGUACAACAUGAAGACACUCUCCAUUCUGUCAAAACCCCAAACAGCAAAAACUGAAAAUAAGUCUGCCAUCCCUCGGCAGAAGGCUUUGGAAUAUGCUAAGACCAUCCCCAAACCCAGACCUUCAAAUCUGACUGAUCAAGCAUCAAAGGAAAAGAAAAAUCCAACCCAUGCGGGAAAAGAAGACACUGUACCUGAAAUCUCACUGCUGGAAAUACUGCAGAGCAGACACGAAAGGGAAAAACAGGCUGUGGCUGCUUUCAAAGUCCUUCACAUUGUAUAGACGACGUAUGUGUAGGAGACCAAAAUCGCCCGGGGAAUGGACAUGGAGAAAAGAAACUCCAGCCGACCUCUCUGCAUUGAGAGUGCUGACCCAGGAUCGUCAUCUGACUGCAGUCCAUGUUCGCUUUGUACAGGAUUUAAAAUAGGGGGCCCUGUUACAUUAUGGUGCCAGAUUUUACUUUCUAGGAAGAACAUUUUUUUAAUUAUUUAUUUUCAAAUCAAUUAGAAUUUGGGUUGAAUAAGAACUAGGGAAUAAAGCCUUUAGUUUCAUAUUGGAUCUUUUGAUUUCUUACAUGAUCUCUACCCUUCCUUACCAUAAACUUUGAAGUUACU